AUGUCUUGGUUCUUCAAAGUGUCUCGAGGAUGGGCGCCGUACUCCGCAGAGCAAUCCGAGCAGAUCGAGGCAGCGUGGAGCCUUUGCCAGACCGGAGCCCGUCCAAUCUCGGAGCAGGUGCCACUGGGCGAAUGGCGUGUAGACCUGGAGAAGAUGAUCUUCUGUCAGGGCUGUCCCCUGAGGAUCUCCGACGAGUGGCUUGGGGAAAGAUUGGGAGACCCGCCGUAA